AUGAAGGAUCAGGGCGUCAGCAGUCUCUCUGCUCUGGGACUGUACAGGGGGAGAAGUUUAAGUGAUUUGGAAAAAAGACGACUCUUGUCCUGUUUGAGAACUGAGAAGAUGGAAGAGGUGAGGCAUCGAUGGAUUGGCUUCACUCAGACCCGGAUCCCCAGGCCCCAGCUUGUGUGGCAACCAGUUCACUACCACAGGCACUGGCCAGGCUCAAGUCUGGUGUUCAGGAAUCCCACUUUCCCAUGCAGCAUGAGCCAAUUUCCAGCAAAGAGCUCUUCUCAAUGUCAACCUCUGGAGGAUUCAGACUCCUGGCUGCCACCCAUAGAGAGCCUCUCAAUGGAUGACUUUUGGAUGGAGGUGGAGAACAUGAAGCAGGGUGAUGGACUGAAGCAGGAGGAGAGUGGCAUCACUGAAGCCCAGAUCUCAGAGGAGGGUGAGGCAGAAGCCCAGUGGCUUCAGGACACAGGCUUAGCUGACCUCAUUGGGGCUCCUACACCAGACAGUGAUAACAGAGUGCUCCUGUCCACGCUCACAAAGACCCAAGCGGCUGCUGUGCAACGGAGACUAGACACAUACACACGCUCAAUCCGUAAGAAAAACAAGCCACCAGUGAGGGACGUCAGAGACAUCUUUGGCACCUUUGAUACAGGGGAAGUGUUAGCAGAGAGAGAAGAUGCUGAGGGGAAAUGGACACAGCCCAAAUCCAGGCCUUCAGAACCUCCACCAGCGGUAGAUUAUCCAGGAUGUAUGGAAUAUCCUUGCCCAGUUCCCAGUUCUGGAAAGGAGGAAAUAUUCAGCACUGAUUCUGCAUAUUCAGAGCAAGCAGCACUCCUGCAGAAAGGAACACUACCCCCAGAAGCUAAGUGGAUAAAGGGCAAGGGCUCACUGCCGAAGUUUAGAAUUCCCAAGGGAAGACUUGGAGUGACAAGAAUAGGAGACUUAUCACCACAAGAUAUGAAGAAGAUCCCCACAUUGGCCCUGAUUGAGCUGACAGCUCUGUGUGACAUUUUGGGUCUGGACUUGAGAAGGAGCAAGGCAGGAAAAUGGAAGGCAACAGAGAACCGGCUUUUUGGAGUCCCUCUUAGCACUUUGUUGGAGACUGAUCAGAAAGUUGUUCCUAACACACAAGUUCCACUGAUUCUACAAGCUCUGCUUUCGUGUUUGGAGAAGAGAGGGUUAGACACGGAAGGGAUCCUGAGAGUGUCUGGCUCCCAGACCAGGAUUAAGAGUUUGGAGCAGAAGCUAGAAAGAGAGUUCUAUGCAGGUCUCUUCAAUUGGGAUGAGGUCCAUCAAAAUGAUGCAUCAGGUUUGCUGAAGAGAUUCAUCCGAGAACUCCCUACUCCACUGCUCACAGCUGAGUAUCUGCCUGCUUUCACCGUGGUGCAAAAUAUCCCGGACCUGAAGCAGCGGUUACAGGCUCUGAAUCUGCUCAUCUUGAUUCUUCCUGAAGCUAACAGAAACACUUUAAAGGCCCUGCUGGAAUUUCUCAGGAAGGUAGUUGCCCGAGAGAAGAACAACAAAAUGACUUUAUGGAAUGUUUCCAUGGUGAUGGCACCAAAUCUCUUCAUGCAUAAAGGGCAGCCUCACAGAAUCCCGGAGGGAAAGGGGAAGCAGCUGGCCGAGGGUGCUGCUGAUGUCGUCCGGGCCAUGAUCCAUUACCAGGACCUUCUGUGGACUGUCUCCUCCUUUUUGGUUGCCCAAGUCCGGAAACUGAACGAGAACAGUAGCUGGAGGCAUCAGUUCUAUGACAGACGGAUCAAGAACUUACUCAGGAAGAUCCACACGGACAAAGACAAGGCGAGCAAGACCCCCGGAGAGCCAUCCAAAGUGGUGAAAAUCCAGGCUGCUCUACUCCUGAAGGACUGUUUAGAGGUGCAUCUCCACAAUGGCACCAAAGCCGCUGAUGUGCUCAAACAGUUCCAGAGGCACUUCUGCUCCAACAGUUGGAAUGUCAUGAAUACUGUCAACCUAAUCCAAUGUAAUGGGCCUAUUGAAUCAUCAAACCUACUCCUCUAUGAAGUCGGAGGGAACAUAAGUGAGCAUUGCCUGGAUCCAGACACCUACCUCUUAGACCUGUACCAUACCAACCCCCAUGGAGAGUGGGUCAUUAAACAGAGCCCCACCUUAUCCCGGACACUUUAGAAGAGUUACAAAGGGUCAGAAAGAAAGAAGAGCAGCA